AUGCCUGCUUGUAUUCUGGCCAGCUGUAGUGACGAUCGCACCAUCAAGUUGUGGGAUAUAUCUAUUUCUUCAGAGAAGCGUCCGUCAGAGAAUGUAGGUGCGUGUUUGGGAAGUGUUAGUGGUCAUGCGUCCCGCAUUUGGUCCGUUCGAUUUCUUCAGCACGAGUCGACUUUACGGCUUUUAUCGUCAGGAGAGGAUGGAACAUCACAACUAUGGCAGGUUGUUUUCUCCCAAGAAAGGAAGAUAGAAUCAGGUAUCAAAUUUGCGAAGUGGAAAACAAAAAUUUCCCAUGCACAUACUUACGGAUAUCAUACUGGUAAGAACGUCUGGGCAAGCGCUAUUUCGCGACUUAAAACGCACGUGAUUGCUACAGGAGGAGCCGAUGGUCGUGUCGUUACGUACAAUAGCGACCUAGAUGUCAAAGUGGCCAGUUCUAGAGACGUCCAUUGCACCACCCAGGAAGCUACAAAAAGCCUAGUCAAAUCAAUAUAUGAUGCGAUGAUGGGCAGGUGGAAGCUAUCGAGGACGAUAAAGAGCCACAUUACCUCACAACCUUCGGGGCAACUGGAGGGCAUAGCUGACAUGCAUUCAGUACAGGUCACUGAUGAUGCUUAUGAUUGUGAAGCCUGGUACUCUGAAAAGGGUGACUUCGCAACAGACCUAGGUUUCACGAUGAAAGCGAGUAGACAAUAUGUAUACCGAUACCAGAAGACUUCUGAUGAGAUUAGCGUAUGGUUUGUCAAGCCUGACGGGUCAAGUGUUGAUUAUCUUUUCCACAAGCUUCUGUUUGAUAAAGAGUCUGCUUCGUCAUCGAGUAACGGAGAGAGUAUCACAGCUACCAAAGCUUCAGGACAUCAUCUAUGCGAACGCGAUACUUACUUGCCCGAGUAUAUCUUCAGGGUGAAAGAUCGUGCCCUGUUGUUAUGGCAGAUCCAAUAUACCGUCAAAGGACCAGAGAAAGACUAUGUUUCCACCGCAAACUACAUGAUUAAUACUGAUAUCGGCGAGGAGCAGAAGAGCGUUGUCUCAAUUAGCAAGGAAGCCCCCAUUUCAGAAUUAGUAACGCAAGCAAAAACAAAAGCCGACACAUUCAAAGCUUAUGCAUGGUUGAGCGAGUCUGAGUUUCUGGCUACGACUGAACAAGGGAGCGUCUUGCUCGGACAUUUGGCUUCAUCUCAAAAGAAUGAAAUCUCAACGGAAGACAAAUUUGAUAAGCACCAGACUCGAGUCACUUGGCAAGUCGUUGGGCACAACAGUGAUCUCGCGUCUGCCUCUAUGAUAACCUGCGUCCCAUCCCAAAACCUUGCUCUCGUGACGGGCAAUGAAGGCGCCAUCUACGUCUAUUUGUCAACGUUUAAAGCAAUUAGUCUAGUGCAUAAAGUAGGCAGAAAACUGGGCUAUCUCAAAGCUCAUGAAUGUCCUGUUGCCUGGACUGCCAACGGCUCGGAGCAACGUGAAGAAAUGGUAGCUCUCGUGUUUCGAGCUUUAGGGAACUCGAGCUUACAGACCGUCUCACUACGUGCUGGAGAUCCAUCGACCAAGAUCUUACAUCAUAUUAUUAUUGGUCAAAGCCAGAGGGAAAUAGGUGAGGCAGAGUUCGUGACAACGAGCUCUUGCAUGUUUCAUGAUGAGAAUCUGUGCAUCGAAGGUUCAAGAACAGGAGAGUGUCGCGUUAGCCAUCUCACUCGCAAGACUAGCACGAGACUGUCGGGUCUUCAUGAGCAGAAUGCUAUAACGGUGAUACUCCGCAUGUGUGGACCGAGCCCGUCUAAAAACAAAGUAUAUUUCCUGACUGCUGGUCGAGAUGGCAAGUGCGUCUUCCACAAGCUUCGAUACAAUCCUGACCAGCCAGCCUCGACUGUACUGACGACCAUUCAUACCAUUUCCCCACCAUUUGGACCAAAUAUCGAAGGUGCACAAUUAUCUCCAAAUACAGGGCACUUGAUAUUGUGGGGCUUCAACAGUACACGAUUUGUCGUAUACAAUGAGACAAUGAAACAGGAACUCAUGUCCGUGGAAUGCGGUGGCGCUCACCGAAAUUGGUCGUAUUUUCACCAUGAGACGACAAGAGGUGGCAGCUUUGUUUGGACCAAAGCCUCUAUUUGCAGUGUAUACAGUCAAGAGUGGCCAUCGCAUCGAGUGCUACAAUUUGGAAGCCACGGACGUGAGAUUAAAGCUGCGGCAGUAUCGCCUUUCCCAAGUUCUCCGCACAGUAAGCGCCUCCUAGCUACCGGUGCUGAAGACACAACGAUUCGACUCCUCAGCUUGGACGAUGGAGGGAAUCGCUGUGCGACGAUUCUGAAAGAGCAUACCACUGGUCUUCAAAGAUUAUUAUGGACCCAGGAUGGCCGCUGGCUUUUCAGUGCUGGAGGGUGUGAGGAAUUCAUUGCCUGGCGUGUCCGAUCACUCAAUGGCUUCCCCUACGUUGUCUGCAAUGGUCGUUGUCCCACAGUCACUCAUGACAAGGCCCUGCGAAUCAUGGAUUUCUGCAUAUGCGAGACUCCUUCACAAGUGCAAAGUCAGAGAAUAAGACCAGAAUAUCUUAUAACGAUGGCAUACUCCGACUCCUCAAUACGCAUUUGGCGGUUCAAAGCAGAGGGAAAGAUAAAAGUUACGGAUAAGAAUCGCUAUGAACUGCUCCAUAACAGUUCGUACACUACGGACUGUCUUACGCAAAGCCGCAUUCUAGAUUUCGGUCAGAGCAAAAUGCUUUGUACAGCAAGCUCAGACGGACAUGUCGCUAUCCGUGAGUUUGACGUUGAUCCUGCGGUAGCUUUGAAAAAGAUUCAUCGCCAUUCAGUACAUCAGAGUAGCAUACAUUGUCUGACUGUUCUAGAUAUCCGAUCCGAUACGUUUCCUGCAAACAAUAUGUUGGUCGUAACAGGAGGUGACGAUCAAGCAUUGGGUGUGGUACACGUGAAAGUUACUCCCCAAGGAUCAAAAUCUAUGACUACUGCGGCGCUCAAAUGCAAUGCCCAUGCUUCUGCCAUAACGGGCAUCGCUUCCCUGGGGCGCUCAGAUGGCACAAACGUAUACCGUUUCGCCACAGUGGGUACUGACCAGAUGCUGAAGGUUUGGCUGAUCAAGGUCAACCAUCCAAACAAUGAAAGUGAGUUCGUCAUUGUCACGUUGGAGGAGGUCGUAUGCUCUAGCGUUGCGGAUGCUUCAUGUCUCGAAUCAUUCGAGGAUGCCCAGGGAGUUUCACAGCUAGUUGUUGCAGGAGUUGGGUCGGAGAGGUGGAGGUUGACUGAUGCUUUGAAGGUGUUGUAA